AUGGCAUUUGUCUUGUUCGGCUACGAACAAGGUGUCUUUGGCGGUAUUCUCGAGAAUCAGGACUGGCUCGAUCAGUUCAACCACCCCUCCGACACCGAGACCGGCAUCAUCGUGAGCUGCUACAACCUAGGCUGUUUGGGAGGGUGCAUAUUGAAUUACUUUACGGGUGAGAAGCUGGGCCGUCGCCGGACGAUGUGGCUAGCCAUGGUGUUUGUCAUUGUCGGGACGACACUGCAAACCUCCGCAUUCAGAGUGGCUCAUCUUGUCGUUGGCCGUGUUGUUACUGGCUUUGGAACUGGGAUGAAGACUUCUACCGUGCCAAUGUGCGUUAGAUAUGCCCGCCAUCGAUUUAUCCUGCGCCUGCCUCCCACUGACCUAGCCACCGAAUAUAGGUAUCAAUCGGAGAUUUGCGACCGCCAAUCUCGCGGGCGUCUCGUCUCUGCUGAGGUUCUCUUUGUCGGCGUCGGCAUCACAACCGCCUACUGGUUCGACUUCGGCAUGUCGUUCGUCGGUGGUCCGAUUGCGUGGCGGCUGCCUGUCGCGGUCCAAAUGCUGUUUGCCCUCGUUGUUGUCGUCCUUGUCUUUGGUCUGCCGGAGUCGCCACGCUGGCUAUACAAGCAUGGCCGAUCAGAAGAAGCCCUUGAGGUUCUUUGCAGGGUUUACGAUAAAGAGCCAACCGAUGAAUAUAUCCUUGCCGAAAAGAACGCCAUCAGGGCGGCCAUUCAACUGGAAUACUCGGAAGAGGAGGCGUCCCGGGGCUUCCUCAGCAUCUUCCGCAAUGACCAAGUCAAGACUGGAUAUCGUGUUGUGCUGGCGUGGUGUAUCCAUUUCAUGAACCAGGCGGGGGGUAUCAACCUGGUGGUAUAUUACGCUCCAUCUGUUCUAAUUCAGAAUGUCGGCAUUUCGAAGCAACUUGCACAGAUUCUCGGAGGGUGCAUCAACAUGAUGCUAAUGUUCGGAUCAAUCGUGCCCUCGCUCGCCCUCGACCGUAUGGGUCGACGCCGCACCAUGAUGGCCGGCUGCGCAUGCCUUAGCCUCUGCAUGCUCCUGAUAUCCAUUCUGCUCUCGCGCUCCAGCACCGCACAGGGCCACGCGUGCUCCUCCGCCGCAGUGGCGUUCUUCUUCCUGUACACCCUCAUCUUCGGCAUGAGCGCCCACUGUGUGCCCUGGGUCUACGUUCCCGAGAUCCUCCCUCUUGCAGCACGCACGCGCGGCACGGCCCUCGCUGUGAGCUCGAACUGGCUGUGGAACUUCACCGUCGUUAUGAUAACCCCCGUGAUCACGAACCGGCUGUCGUGGAAGGCCUAUCUCAUCUUCUUUGCAACCAACGCGGUCUUUGUUCCCGCCUUAUUCUUCUUCUAUCCUGAGACUGGCAAUCUGCGCUUGGAAGAGGUCGACCAGAUCUUCGAGCGUAGCGGGAAUCCUGUCGCGGUCGCGCGGGACAUCGCAAAGGAAGUCAAGCUGUUCGGGCAUGUUCCCGCUUUGGGUGGCGCUGCCACUCCUGGAAAGAAGGAAGAAGAAGAGGUUGCUGAGCAAGAACAGCAGGAGGUCAUCUAG